AUGUAUUUCACUCUUUUUCUUGCCGUCUUCUUUUCGUUGAGCUUCAAUGCUCUUUCUAUGCCCGUGGCUCCUUCAAAUCAACUUCAAGGCCGGUCCUUUAAGGUGGAGAGAGUUAAGCGCAAUGGCGACACUGUCCAUGGACCUACCGCACUGCGUAAGGCAUACCGCAAGUUCGGAAUUGAUGCAGCAGAUCUCAAUGGUGUGGAUGCUAGCGACUUCCAACCUUUCGACACUAAGCAUACCCCUACCGCAUCUGUGAAAGUUGCAAAGGAAGAUGGAGUUCAUUCUGAACAGACGGGCGCUGUGGAUGCCACUUCUGUUGAUGGAGACGUGGAAUUCGUCUCGCCGGUCAAUAUUGGAGGCCAAACUCUCGAUUUGAAUUUCGACACCGGCUCGUCUGAUAUGUGGGUGAUGAAUUCGAGACUUCCCAAGUCACUGCGAAACAGCCGAGAAGUGUAUGAUCCGAGCAAAUCCACCACCUUCGAAGAGCUUGCCAACAGCAAAUUCGAGAUCAAAUACGGUGACUCAUCCUAUGCCAAUGGAGGCGUAGGCAAGGAUGAUGUCUCGAUUGGCGGUGUCAAAGUCAAUGGUCAAACAUUCGGUCUUCCGACGGAUAUAUCGCAGACAUUCGCCGAGGACACCAAGUCUAACGGACUCCUCGGUCUUGGAUUUUCUUCAAUUAACACCGUCACGCCAGUUAAACAAAAAACAUUCUUCGACAACAUCGCCCCCAGCCUCGGCGAGCCAGUCUUCACCGCUCGACUGCUGAGCAACGGCGUUGGAGAGUAUGAAUUUGGAACAAUCGAUCGCAAUAAGUACCAAGGCCUCAUGGCCAAUGUCAGCGUGGAUUCAUCCAGUGGAUUCUGGUUGUUCGACUCGGCACAAUACGCUGUAGGAGGAGGUCCCUUCCACCCGGUCGCCCAGACACCCACUGCCAUUGCUGACACUGGUACCACGCUCAUGUUGGCCAGUCCUGACCUUGUGGAUGCGUAUUAUAAGCAAGUCAAUGGCGCAUUAUUUGCCAAUAAUGCCGGCGGGUAUAUCUUCCCCUGCACUUCGAGCUUGCCCAGUCUAUCUGUUGCGAUUGGGACUGGCCAUUCGGCUACCAUUCCUGGAUCGUUCAUAAAUUGGUCCCAAGCUGGAACCAAUACAACUACUGGCGAAACAUUGUGCUAUGGCGGCCUUCAGUCGAGCGGAAGUUCAAGCAUGGCGGUCUAUGGCGAUGUGUUCAUGAAGGCACUGUUUGUGGUCUUUGAUCAACGGGGGCCUUCUCUGGGAUUCGCGGCGCCUGCUUAA